AUAUUCAAAGGUGGACUGCUGGAAGAAAAUCAUUAACCUCGCCCUCUUGCAUCAAGACGGAAGAAAAGUAAAAGUUUAGCCAAAACUUCUCAGCUUCUUCUGAUCUAAGCACUUUCUUGCAUAAAGACAGAAGAACAGUAAAAGUUUAGCCAAAACUUCUCAGCUUCUUCUGAUCUGAGCACUUACAUGUUUUGUGCUGCUUGACAAAAUGCAUCUUUCCAAGUUCAUUUCUCGUCCAUGUUUUGAGCCCUCAGGAACACCCUCUUCCACUGAUCAUCAUGGUGAUGAAGUGGAUACAACUGGGGGAAGCAGGACAUUUGCAAAUAUAAUUCGUGACCGUGAGAAAAAUAUGAUUGAUCAUAUGUUUAUUUCAGUGAGGUCGGUUGGUCUCUCAGACUCAAUAAAAUUUGAGGCAAAGAAAAUUAAAGAAGGUGGGAAGAAGAAUAUUUUCAAGCAGAAAUUUGAGGUCAGAGAAGGGGAAAAGCUAUUAAAGGCAUCGCAUUGCUGUUUAUCAACUGAAGCUGGUCCUGUUGCCGGACUUCUCUUUAUUUCCACUGAGAAGGUUGCAUUCUGCAGUCAGAGAUCAGUUACCUUCAAAUCUCCAGAUGAGCUGCUCGAAGAAACAGAUCGAAAGAUUGAGAUACCAAUAAGGAACAUUAGAGGGGUCGACCUGAACGAGUCACAACAGAAGAAAAUGACCAUAACCACAGAAGAUGGUUCUGAAUUCUUGUUUAUGGACUUUCUGCGUUACGACAAAGCUCGUCAGAACUUAAAGGAAGCAAUUCUAUGGCAAAGUUGCCAAGCAAAACGAAGCUGAUCUCGAAAUUAGACAGGUAUUGUGCUGAUUGAGCUGAGGCCAAAAGAAAAGGCUCGGUUGUUAGACGAAAUUCUUAUGCUUUGACUGUGUGUAGUCCACUUUUUAUGCACUAGCUUCUAUAGUUUAGAGCAAAUAAAGAGAAGUUCUCUUUCAAUGUAUGAUAAAAAAAAUGUAAAAAAUGAGCUAUUAUUAAGGGAUUUCGAGCCCUUUUCCCUUUUCUAAGGAAGAUUUAAAGGGGAUAGCAGAAAU